AUGGGGAUUCAGGUCAUUGCCAUAUAUGACUAUGAGGCAGCUGAUGACGAUGAGUUGAGCUUCUCAGAGGGUCAGCUGAUCAACGUGCUGGAUAAAGUUGACCCUGGUUGGUGGGAAGGAGAGCUCAACGGGGUCACAGGACUGUUCCCUGCCAAUUACGUCAAGAUUACCACCAUGGAAUCUGACCAACAAUGUGACUCCCUCCAUCUCUCAGAGCUGAGGAUUGUGCUGCUGGGAUGCAAAGAUGCUGGGAAAAGUUCAGCAGGAAACACCAUCCUGGGCAGAGAGGAGUUUGACCUGAGGACAGCUGUUCAGUGUGUGAAGAAACAGGGAGAAGUAGCAGGGAGGCAGGUCACUGUAGUCGACACUCCAGGCUGGUGGGCUAAUCAACCUGUAGAGAGGACUCCUGAGCUGGUUAAACAGGAGAUUGUGCUCAGUGUGUCUCAGUGUCUCCCAGGACCCCACACUAUCCUCCUGGUCAUACGGGGGGAUCUUUCAUUCACUGAGAAACACAGAAUAUCAAUAGAGGAACACAUGGAGCUUCUCAGUGAGAGAGUCUGGAGUCACACUAUAGUGCUGUUUACCCAUGGGGACUGUCUAGGAGACACAACCAUUGAGCAGCAUAUUCAGAGAGAAAGGGAGGCCCUCCAGUGGCUUGUUGAGAAAUGUGGAAACAGGUAUCAUGUCCUCAACAAUGAGAACAAGGGUGAUGUCACUCAGGUCACAGAGCUGCUGGAGAAGAUAGAGGAGAUGGUGGCAGGAAACAGAGGAGGACAUUAUGAGAUAAAGAGAGAGAUACUACUGGAGAUAGAAGUGAAAAGGAAGGGAAAUAAGGAGAGAACAAAACAGAGACUGAAGAAGGUUCAGGAACAGAGAAAGACCCUCAGAUCACCAAUGGGGAUUCAGGUCAUUGCCAUAUAUGACUAUGAGGCAGCUGAUGACGAUGAGUUGAGCUUCUCAGAGGGUCAGCUGAUCAACGUGCUGGAUAAAGUUGACCCUGGUUGGUGGGAAGGAGAGCUCAACGGGGUCACAGGACUGUUCCCUGCCAAUUACGUCAAGAUUACCACCAUGGAAUCUGACCAACAAUGUGACUCCCUCCAUCUCUCAGAGCUGAGGAUUGUGCUGCUGGGAUGCAAAGAUGCUGGGAAAAGUUCAACAGGAAACACCAUCCUGGGCAGAGAGGAGUUUGACCUGAGGACAGCUGCUCAGUGUGUGAAGAAACAAGGAGAAGUAGCAGGGAGGCAGGUCACUGUAGUCGACACUCCAGGCUGGUGGGCUAAUCAACCUGUAGAGAGGACUCCUGAGCUGGUUAAACAGGAGAUUGUGCUCAGUGUGUCUCAGUGUCUCCCAGGACCCCACACUAUCCUCCUGGUCAUACGGGGGGAUCUUUCAUUCACUGAGAAACACAGAAUAUCAAUAGAGCAACACAUGGAACUUCUCAGUGAGAGAGUCUGGAGUCACACUAUAGUGCUGUUCACCUAUGGAGAUUGUCUGGGAGACACAACCAUUGAGCAGCACAUUGAGAGUGAAGGGGAGGCCCUCCAGUGGCUUGUUGAGAAAUGUGGAAACAGGUAUCAUGUCCUCAACAAUGAGAGCAAGGGUGAUGUCACUCAUGUCAUAGAGUUGCUGGAGAAGAUAGAGGAGAUGGUGACAGGAAACAGAGGAGGACAUUGUGAGAUUAAGAGAGAGAUACUGGAGAAAAAUACAUGUGGAUAAGAAAAAAGGUAGAAAAAGCAAAACAGUGGUGCAUGAAGGUGAAGAAACAGAGAGAGAUCCACCAAACAUUUAUAGGUGAGUUUUCUGCUCAUGACCAACAUGCCAAACUGCUUUGCAGGAAUAAAAGGACUAGACAACUGUCAUAUUUCAAAUGAUCAGCAUUUCACAUAUCCUAGCAAACAUGACCCCAUUGGCCCGAUGUGGGUAAUCAUUGGGCAAAGUGGGCACAGGCUAGCCCACACCAAACCCACACCAAGCCCACACCAGCCCGAGGCAGGGGCUACUUUGAAUGUUUGGUGCUGUUGUUUGCACACAGUUCUUUUUGUGAAACAAUUACUGAGAGUGUCAUUCCAGUUUAAGUGUUCUGGUGCGAUGCAUGUUUGAAAAAGAUAUUGUACACUGACAUUUUUUAUUUUAUUUAACCUUUAUUUUAGUAGGGAGUCCCAUUGAGACCAAGGCCUGUUUUUCAAGGGAGCCCUGCAUGAACACAAUUUAUAAAACGUACAGCAUUCAAACAUGAAAUGUAUUAAAAACAUACAAUACUACAGUUAAUGUAAGAUGCAAACACAUUCCUCAACAAUGAGGUUAACAACUUGAACUGUCCUAUAUUCAGCAGCGCAUCAAGGUGCAGAAAGUUCUGCAGAUCAUUCCAUACAUGGGGAGCAAAAUAAACAGAAUGCUUUUUUAUUAACUAGGCAA